AGAAUAAAAAAGAGGAGAGGAGAGGGGAGAAGAAGAACACCCUCCCGAUCCCACACCCACCCCCGGCCUCCCCUCCCCCUCCCUUGGGUAGGCCGAAUCCGGACCCCCCAACGCGCGCAGCGGGACGAGGACCGACGGGCGGGCGGCACAGAGAGGCCGGGGGUGAUGAAUUGUUACGCUGCAUGGACGGAGCAAGCGAGGAGCCGCUCCACAAGGACUAUUACAAAGUUCUGGAGGUUGAUUAUGAUGCAUCUGACGACAACAUCAAAUUGAGUUACAGAAGACUAGCGUUGAAGUGGCACCCCGACAAGCAUAAGGGCGAGGAUGAUGUUACAGCUAAAUUUCAGGAGAUCAACGAGGCUUACAAAAUUUUAAGUGAUCCAGUUACACGGCUUGAGUACGACUUUUCUGGCUGUUACGAGGUCAAUCAAUAUACUGCACGUGAGUACCUUUCAAGAUUCAAGGGAAUGAUUCUUACCUGCAAUGGCCUUGGCAUAGAGCAUUCUUCAAAAUGGGCGCGACAUUUGAGGGAAUGGGAGCCCCAUUGAUCAAUAGGUACAACAUGUUUAUUCCCGAACUUGUUCGGUAGUGUCUCUGAUGGCGAUUGAACAUGUAUUUUGUUCUUCUGUAACCCCGCAAUGGAACCUGUCAUGUGCCCUUGCACUGGUGCUAGAAAGAGAUGCAUGUUUGCUAUUUCCAA